UUUUUUUUGGUUUGAACAACAUUCGAGUUCUCCUGUUCCUCUGACGUUCAGAACCAUGGCCCAGUCUCCACUCCAAGAAAUUGAAACCCGAAGUCCUGGAUUGAUAGUUUUUCCAUUCGCCAGUGGCAAAAAUUACGCAGCUACUCUGAACGGAUUUUAUUACGUUCAUCAUUCUUCCGGUCUCCAGAAACACACAAUGCGGUGUACCCGACAUCACAAGGGCUGCCACGGGAAGAUUAACUUGACCCCAUCCUAUAAAUCGCUGAUUUCGGAGACAAUGACGGGACAUAAGACCCACAGCCAUCCAGCUGAGCCAACCUACUGCGAACGCAAAUACGCUGCCUGGAAGUUGAGAUCUACGGCCAAGUCCAGCAGAGACCCUACAUCGGCCAUUGUUGCACAGCAACUGCAAAGUGUCCCAGUUGAAGUCCAAGGGUCCUUCCCCAAACUCAGUUCUUUGCAAAGGGUCGUGCAAAGAUCUCGAGCUGUAUAGGGAUUUCCUAUGAUAAAUGGGACAAACCGUGCUGAUCUUCCCUUGCUUAAUGGACUUUUCUUUACGUCAGCUAAGGAAGACUUCGUGAAAUGGGAUAGCGGGAAAAAUCAUGACCGGAUUAUUUUAUUCAGCACGGAUUUCAAUCUAGACUGUUUUCAAAAUUCAGCCCAUUGGUUCGCAGACGGAACGUUCCGAACUUCUCCACUUUUAUUUGACCAACUUUUUGUCAUACACGGACUUCGAGGAGAUGGGCAUAACACUAUUAGCGUCCCAUUAGUGUACUGCCUCACACCCAACCGAACAGGUGCCACAUAUGGGCGAAUUUUCAGUAAGCUGAAAGAGCUAAGGUCUGGCGUAAGCCCCUUAUCCGUUAAGGAUUUUGAACAGGCAUCAAGCAAUGCGUUUGCGAAAUAUUUUCCCGAUGCAGAACAGAGAUCUUGUUUCUUUCACCUCCGGCAGGCUAACCAUCGCCACAUACAACGCGAUUCCGAGUUGCUGAAAAAGAUGGCCGACGGACGCUUCAACUUGCAUGUCAGGACUCUGAUAGGGCUUGCCUUUGUCCCACCUGCCGACGUUGUCGCGGCUUACGACGAGUUAGACGCAAGCCCAUUUUUCUUGGAAAAUAAGGACGUCCUUGACUCAUACAUGGACUAUUUUUUGAAUACCGGGAUUGGCGGAUUCGAUCGUCGUGGAAAUAGGAAGAAACCACAUUUCCUGAUUCCUCUGUGGAACUGCCGAGACGCUGUAUUACAGGGACUACCAAAAAACAGACUUGACUGAUGAAAGAGAGAAAUAUAUUGUGAUUUUUGCUAAAAAAAA